CGCAAUUUAUUGAACAAGAAAGAGGCACCGCCAAGUGCGAUCAAAGAAUCUUCUGAGUCAUCGCAGACUAUCGACGAACAAGAUGGCGAUAAAGGUAAUAUGAGUACUGAAUUUGAUGUGGCUAAUUGA